AUGGAAAAGUGGGGUCUUGAUAGUUUACGUCUGACAAAAAUUAUACGUGACAAUGGCGCAAAUAUUGUAAAGGCAUGUAAUGACUUGGAAGUUGAUCAUUUCGGUUGUGUGGCUCACUCUCUGCACCUUGUUGUGUCUGGAGCUCUCUCAAAAUCGCGGGAAGAAGUUGAGGCAGCUCAAACAGACGAGCAGAUGAGUUUUGGUGAUCUAGCAGAGCCCGAUGAAACUGAUGAACAAUGGGUGGAAGAUCCGGAGGCUGAGCUGGAAGCUAUUGGUGAGUUAGAAGACGAAUUGGGUCUUAUAUCGCUGGAAGUUACUUCUUCUGUUGAGUCUGUUGCUGAGUCAGUGGAUCUAGAAACCGACGAUUGCAUGGAUGAAGGUCUUCUAGAUGGGUGUCUAAGUGCAAGUGCAGCAGUCGGGCUGAUGGACGCAAUGAAGAAGGCGAUGAGUGAAACACGAAAGCAUGUUGCUAGCUUCCGCAAGAUUGUUACCUUUUUCAACAAGAGCGCAAAAGGAAAAGCCAAGCUAAAAGAACUUCAAAAGGUUCCUCUGCCACUUACUGUUAUCGCGGACGUGGCAACGCGUUGGAACAGUACCCACCAAAUGAUUGAGCGGCUUCUCUUUCUUCGCCCGAUACUUCAAGAAUUUAUGGAGUACAUACAAACGUCGGUUGGAAAAGACGAGUUUAGUGAUGUCAAGAUCGCAAGACCAACGGGUGAAAUGUGGUUCCACAUUCAGUGUUUAGACAAGCUGCUCGUUAGCUUUCACGGCAUGACCCCUUGUUGUCAGAUAUUCUCGAAGGUUUCUGCUGCUCAUGUCGGUGAGCUGUACUAUGGUGCCACGCUAAAGCGAAUGCAUCUGGUGCGUCGCUUUUUCAUGCUUCUCCUUCGCAAGCGCUUCGGUAAUUUGCCCGACGACGUGAAUUCGUGCUGUCUGCUGGACUCUCAAUUCGCUCAUGGUUCCUUCCUCAGCGUUACCGAGAGAGAAGAGGCUGAGAGGUUUUUGGUCAAUGAAGCACUGCGUCUCGCCGGUGCCAAUGUCAUCGACGCAAACCUCAAUUCAAGUGUAGAAAUGAGCAGCGACGAUGAUGACUUCAUGAGCGAACUCCUCGGCUUAAACCGCAAACCGACGCCGCCAGAACCAGAAUCCCCCUUGGAAUUGUCACUACGUGAACAAGUCAAAACGGAGCUCAACCUUUACUUUGAGAAAUGUAAACUCC